ACGCCCUUUUCGCCUGUCUCGUGCGUACUUCAAGUAGAGUCGGGUGGAGUCUGCGUCCUGAUUUUUGGCAUCUGUGCGAUUAAGAUUUGGCAAGAUACACAUUUUGUAUUUGUACUUUCAUCAAUUCAAUUGCAACGCAAAGGCAGUGAAUAAGACCCUCAAGAUGACGACGACUACAACAUUUCAAGGAAUGGAGCCCGGGGCUAAAAACAGUUCCAGGGUACUGCGGCCGCCGGGCGGAGCAUCCAACAUAUCUUUUGGCACAGAUGAUGACAAAACGCCUGUUCGCAAAAACAAAAUGGCGUCCAACAUCUUCGCAGAACCUGAUGACCCCCACGCCCAUCGGAGGAACAACCCACCUGGUGGGCAGCCCACUGGGAUCUUGUGUGGGGAGCCCUCGGCCCCCCUGAGACGCUGCCCGCAGCCCCUCCUCUUCCCCAAAAACGACGGCCUAGAGCAGACCUCGAUCUGCAACUCUGCUGCUAAGGUUGAAGUGCAUGAACAGGCUAAUGAUGAAUGUCCUGAGGACGGUGAAGCCGAGCAGGAGCAGAGGGAGGAGCCAUCACUGCCCUCCGCUCCCUCGGGAGCCAGCCCUGCUGCCUCCUCCGCUGCUGGGCGAAGAAACCCCCCUGGUGGCAAGUCCAGUCUGAUCCUGGGCUGAGACCACUCCUCUGAACCUUUUUUUUUUUUUUUUUUUAAGAAUUACCCCCACUUUCCUUGAAAAUUCCCCCACCCCCCAGUGUCUAUGUUCCACCGCCUCCACACUCGUAUUCUCCUUCUCUCCCAUCACCCCAAACUUCAAGCCUUUUGUUUUUACCCCUUUUCUAUAUAAAAAAAACUGUUGACAAAAGCACUUUAUGUAUCUCCCCUCCCUUUCUGCCCAUCCUGUAGUGCAUCGCGCCUGCUGGAAAAGGCAUGACGUUUAGCUUGUCUCAUUCUCCCCUGUUGUAAAUGAAAAAGUAAUUAAAAAAAGAAUUGACGCGUGGAUUUCUAAAUACAAUAAAGAUUGAUAUGAAUUGGA